ACGCCAGGACUGCACUCACCCCUGUUCCUGGAAGCCGGGCCUGGGCCCCCAAUCCCCCCGGGAGCAGCUGCUGGGCCCUCAGGAUCUCUGGCCUCGGCCCUGUGAGCCAUCCGGGCCCGGGCUAAGGUCCGGGCAGGUAAGGUGGGAGGGUCUUGUCCAUCCUUCCAGCUUUUGGCAGCCCCAGACCCUGGGGUGGGGAUACAGGGAGCCGGCAGGCAGCCGGGUGCGGAAGGGGAGGUCUGGAGACUUAUCUGGGCAGGUCCACCAGCUCCUGCUGGGGACCUGAUCCAGUCCGGACUCCCUCUGGAUGCCCCUCAGACAAUUCCCCCGCCUCCCCUCCCAUUCCCGGCCCUGCCCUGGCCCUACCCGGGCCCUGGGAGCCAAAGAAUUGGGUGCUAAAGAGUCAGGUCUUUUAGCAGUCUGGGGGGUUGGGAGUGGAGGUCAGAGCCAAGGUCAGGGGCAGGGAGAGAACUUUCAUGGUGCUUCCUGCUGCCCCAGGAGCCCUAGACUGGGUCUGCCGCCCAACCAGGCAUCUCCCUCUGGGAACAUCCUGGUCCUGGCAAGUGGAGAGCAGGGAACUCCCCUUACCAGGAAGUCAGGCCACUUGGAUGAGGGCAGGGGUAGGCCCAGGGCGGCAGAGGCCUCUGGUCCUGGGGACAUCUCUGACGCCCCCACCUACUCCCCAGCUGCGACCCCCUUGGGUAGGGGUCGAUGGAGUUGGGGGUGCAGUCAGCAUCUUCCGGUCCUGCUGUCCCAGGGGUGCCGGGUUUGCUGGGGGGUGCGGGGCGGGGUACCACGGAAGAGGGAAGGGCAUCUUUUUCCGGAAGGAGCAGCAGGGAUGGGGGUGUGCCAAGCAAAGGUCUGUUUCUUGCUGGCAGGCAGGGCUGAAGGAGGGGAGGGUCUGCCUUCUCCCUUCUUUCUUCUUCUCCCUGCCCGCAGUAAGUAGAGGGGUGGAGUGCUCUCCCCCACCCCUUCUUGAGACCUCUUGCCCUGGGGCACUUUUGAAAAUGGCCCCAGGCCAAAGGCAGGAGGAAGGUGGGGAGGGUACUCAGGUCCUCCCUGAGAGAAGGCAGUGGCUGUGCUUGGUCCCCGGUCCCCGGUGGGAGGAGGGGUACUUCCCCAAAAGGCUGAUGGAGGCAGCUUUGGGAGGGGUGGGUAUGAAGGGGUGCAAAUUGAAAGUGAAACAGUUCACGUCCAGGAAAUACUCCCUGUGUCAAGGGUUCACAGAGCAGAUCGGGGCUGUGGCCAGGACCGGGGCUGUGGCCAGGACCAAGCAAAGAGGAAAACGGGCCGGGGACAGGAGAGCAGGUAUGCGGUGUGGUGGAGGAGGGGCGUGAAGGAGGGUACUGCAGAGACAGCUUCCUCAGCUCACUGCAACACAGGAAUGGGUAGAGCACAGGUGGGAUGUUAACAGAUAACCACAAACUGGAAAAUAAAUCUUAAAGGAGUACUGAAGGUAUGAAGUGAUGAAAAUUCAGAUAACCAACUCGACUCCCUGAUUAGCUAAGUGGCCCUCAGGCCCUAACUUCUUGGUGCCUCACUUUCCCCCCCCCCACCCCCCAGUAAAAUGGGUAUGAUGAUGCUUACCUUGCUGGGUUCAUGUGCAUUUUCAGUGUCUGACACCCCUGGAGAUGGAAGUAAGUAAGGCUUGGCACUCAGGAAAUGUCUGUGGCCAAGAGGCCUGACUUGGAAAACAGGCGUGCUCUGACCAGCCAAGGGGAAGUGGAACCUUCGAGCACAGCUUUCAUGGGUCAUUAGUUAGAAGGUGGCAAUCCUGUGGUAAGUGCGUGCUAGGUAGGGUGCAGGAGGUCCCAGGAGCAGUGGAAAGAACCCACAGCCUCUAAAACUUGCCUCAUUUGCCCAGGAGUGAGGUGAAUUAUGACCUGAGAUCCACGAGGGUGUUGCUGGUGUUUCCCCCCCACCCCGGCCCUGGGUCCAGGACCCUAGGUAUGAAUCCAGACUGCCCUGCCUUUCUCCAUCUCUCUGGAAGGACUGCUAGUGAAAUGCUCAGGAAGUUCUGAUUCUGCCCACAGACGCCACAGGGACCCAAGGUUGUGAAAUUAAGAGGUGGCUGGAGCUAGGACCGUGGGUCUUUGGGGAGUGGGGAACCCCCUCCUCUCUCUGUGGCUGUGGGACCCUCUCGUCAACCAGCCCCUGCCCAUCCCCAUCAUGGCUUUCUCUCACCCAUCCCCACAGGCUAACCCUGUCCUCCACUGGGACCUGAGAAAUGGCAUCCGGGCAAGGCCCCGGUCCUCCCAGGCAGGGGUGUGGAGAGCCGGCCCCAUCUUCUACUUCUGAGGAGCAGGUAGCCCGGGACACUGAGGAGGUUUUCCGCAGCUAUGUUUUUUACCGCCAUCGGCAGGAGCAGGAGGCUGAGGGGGCGGCUGCGCCUGCUGACCCAGAAAUGGUCUCCUUGUCCCUAGAACCUAGCAGCACCAUGGGGCAGGUGGGUCGGCAGCUUGCCAUCAUCGGGGACGACAUCAACCAGCGCUACGACUCCGAGUUCCAGGCCAUGCUGCAGCACCUGCAGCCAACAGUGGAGAACGCCUAUGAGUAUUUCAUCAAGAUUGCCUCGAGCCUGUUCGAGAGUGGCAUUAACUGGGGCCGCGUGGUGGCUCUCCUGGGUUUUGGCUACCGCCUGGCCCUCCACAUCUACCAGCAUGGCCUGACCGGCUUCCUGGGCCAGGUGACCCGCUUCGUGGCUGACUUCAUGCUGCAUCACUGCAUUGCCCGGUGGAUUGCGCAGAGGGGCGGCUGGGUGGCAGCCCUGAACUUGGGAAAUGGCCCCAUCCUGAACGUGCUGAUAGUUCUGUCUGUGGUUCUGUUGGGCCAGUUUGUGGUACGAAGAUUCUUCAAAUCGUGACUCCCAGGGGGAGUCCAAGUACCCCUGCCUGGACUUCAGCCAAGCCUUCUCCCCUCAUCCCCUCCCCUGCAGGGCUCCCCCCACUCAAGAAUACAGAAGCUUUAGCAAGUGGGGCACUCAAGCUUUAGGAGGGCCCCUGCCCAGGGGUCAGUCAGGCUGCCGGGGUGCCCCAACAUUGCAUGGUGCUAAUGACCCCCCUCUCUGGGGCCCAUCCUGUCAGAGAGGGGCUGUAGCCUUCUUCCUCAGCUCUCUGGGACUCCUUCAGCUGUGUCUCCUGGGUGCUGAGGAGAUUGACAACUUGGGGAAGCAAGAGGCUGAGAGUCACUUCCCUCCAAAUUUUUAAUGGUUAUAUCUUUUUAUAAUGCCCUUGGAAGGACUCUCCCCACCCCCCAUUCCCACCACUCUGCCCAAGCGAGGAUGCCUGGGAAGUGGGGGUUCGUAGGUCACCCUGUGCGCCCCAGGACUCAGCUGUUCUAGAAGGUCAGAGUUUGAUUGCUGGGCCUGGAGCCCAGUCCUGACCCUUCCUAAGCUCUCCCCCUGCUCCCACUCCCCCUACCCAUAUUGCCUUUGCAGUGGACUCUCAGGGAUUCUGGGCCUGGGUGUGGGAUGGGGAGGGAGUGGGGGUAUAGACCAGAGCUGUGAGAACUUCAUUGGCCCCCCCCAGCCUGCCUCCCGAGACCCUCAGUUCUCUCCCUUCUCCUCCCCUAUUACCACUUCAACCCAACCUGUUCACUACAAGUGAAGCCCACCCUGCCCCCAUCACUCCAGAUAAGGAAGGAGGGAUCUUGGGUAAGUGGAGACCUGAAGUCCCCUCCUUGCCCAGACUAGACUUUAGGACUUGUUUGUUAUUGUCAGGGAAAGGGGGUAAGGAGCUCAUCUUGAGGUUUCUGAGUGAGAAAAGAGCUGUUAAUGUCACUAGGAACCCCAGAGUUGGGAUCCUCCCUCAUGGCCUGGGCACAGUGUAAUCAGGGGGUGUGGAUGGGGAAACUGUGAAUACUUGAACUCUACCCCCCCUACCCUACUCCCACUCUCCACACUCCUCACCUGCCUAAUCUCCUCCUGUGGGUCAGGGUGGAAAGGCCUUGUCUAUCGUGCACAACCUAGAGGUUUGGAGGUAGGGAGAGGGAAGUUUUUGAUUAAACCAAAUGCAAGAAGGGGAUGCACAUGGAGCCCACUGGUCAGCCCUCACCGCUCUGAGUAAAUCUGAAAAUAAACUAUAAUCCCCUGA